CACUGCCUGAGUGGGUGUGCGGGCGGCUUCCGGUGAGAGUGACGAGUGGUGGCCGAAGUAGGGGGACAGCAGGGGACGCUUAGGCAGGGACGAUGGCGGACGGCGGUUCGGAGCGGGCCGAUGGGCGCAUCGUCAAGAUGGAGGUGGACUACAGCGCUACGGUGGAUCAGCGUCUGCCCGAGUGCGAGAAGCUGGCCAAGGAAGGAAGACUUCAAGAAGUCAUUGAAACCCUUCUGUCUUUAGAAAAACAGACCCGUACUGCUUCGGAUAUGGUGUCUACCUCGCGUAUAUUAGUUGCGGUAGUGAAGAUGUGCUACGAGGCUAAAGAAUGGGAUUUACUCAAUGAAAAUAUUAUGCUUUUGUCAAAAAGGAGGAGUCAGUUAAAACAAGCUGUUGCAAAAAUGGUUCAACAGUGCUGUACUUAUGUUGAAGAAAUCACGGACCUCCCGGUGAAACUUCGGUUAAUUGACACACUACGAAUGGUUACAGAAGGAAAGAUUUAUGUUGAAAUUGAGCGUGCGCGACUGACUAAAACAUUAGCAACCAUAAAAGAACAAAAUGGCGACGUCAAAGAAGCGGCCUCGAUCUUACAGGAGUUGCAGGUGGAAACCUAUGGGUCCAUGGAGAAAAAAGAGCGAGUGGAGUUUAUCUUGGAGCAGAUGCGGUUGUGCCUGGCUGUGAAGGAUUACAUUCGGACACAGAUCAUCAGCAAGAAGAUUAACACAAAGUUCUUCCAGGAAGAAAACACAGAGAAAUUAAAGUUGAAAUACUAUAAUUUAAUGAUUCAGCUGGAUCAGCAUGAGGGCUCCUAUCUGUCUAUUUGUAAGCACUACAGAGCGAUAUAUGACACUCCCUGUAUACAGGCAGAAAGUGAAAAGUGGCAGCAGGCUCUGAAAAGUGUUGUUCUCUAUGUUAUCCUGGCUCCUUUUGAUAAUGAACAGUCAGAUUUGGUUCACCGAAUAAGUGGUGACAAAAAGUUAGAAGAAAUUCCCAAAUACAAGGAUCUUUUAAAGCUUUUCACCACGAUGGAGCUAAUGCGCUGGUCUACACUUGUGGAGGACUAUGGAAUGGAACUAAGGAAAGGCUCCCUCGACAGCCCUGCGACAGAUGUUUUUGCCUCUACAGAAGAAGGGGAAAAAAGGUGGAAAGAUUUGAAGAACAGAGUUGUUGAACACAAUAUUAGAAUAAUGGCCAAGUACUACACUCGAAUUACAAUGAAAAGGAUGGCACAACUUCUGGAUCUUUCUGUUGAUGAGUCAGAGGCUUUUCUGUCAAACCUAGUAGUUAACAAGACCAUCUUUGCUAAAGUUGACAGGUUGGCGGGAAUUAUCAACUUCCAGAGACCCAAGGAUCCAAAUAACUUACUGAAUGACUGGUCUCAGAAACUGAACUCCUUGAUGUCUCUGGUUAACAAAACCACACACCUCAUAGCCAAAGAGGAGAUGAUACAUAAUCUACAAUAAGGGUCUUAGUGCUUUUAAAAAGGAGAGAAAAUAGGAAGUCAUUAAAAAAAAAAAGACUGUUAUCAAGGUGUAUAUGUUGUUUUUGUUUUUUUCUGUCCUCUGCUCUUUUGUCUAAGGUUUUGAAAUAGUGAAUGUGUUUCAGGCUCCCUUUGACUUUUCCGUCUUUAACCCUGAAUUUACAGUUGGUGCAAAAAUAGAUGUUUCUGUUAUCUCCGUACACACACAAAAUUGUGUCAUAAGUUACCCAAGUACGUUUUCUAUCAUUUGAAAACUUUUUAGCUAUUUGUUUUCAUCAACUAACAACCAUAAUAAAAGCAGUAUAUGUGAAUUUACCUUCUAUAGUUACUUCUAAGCUUUUUGUGAGGCAGCAAUUUGACAAGUGAUUCUUUUGUUUUCUGUGUUGUACUGAGGACUGAAUUUGGGAAGUGCUGAAUUACAUAUUGAGCCCUUUUUUAUUUUUUGAGGCAGCGUCUCAGUUGGCGAUGCUGGCCUCAGUUUUUUGCUCCUUUUGCCUCAUGCUCCCAAAUAGCUGGGCUUACAGCUGUGUACCACUGCGCCCAAUCACAUGGUUUUCAAAUAAAUGGUCGUGAGGCCAUCUGUGACUUAGGACGAGAAAGCAGCAUUGAACGUACAAGAGCAUUUGGGAUUGAGUUGCGACAUGUACUUUGACUGUUGCGGCAGGAACGUAUAUGGAAGGAUCUGGUAGACUGUAGACAUCCUUUGGCCUGGGAUGAGGCAGGGUCUCACUAUGCCAUUCACUGUGCUGGCUUUGGACUCUGUGUAGCCCAGGCUGGCUUUGAACUGACAGCAAUCCUCCUGCCUCUGCCUCCUGAGUGCUCAGAUUACAGACAUGUGCUACCACACUUGGCUUAAACUUUUAAUCAAACUCUUUUCAAUCCCAGUAGUUUGAUUAUUGUUAUCUCCUUCCCCUGACUUAACCAGUGGUUUAACAAAGUCAGGUGACACUGUAUGCCACUAAGACUGGCUGCACUCUACAGGAGCUUCUUAUCUUGGCUGUUCUCACAUGGCCCCCUUUUAUUGGGUUUUGUUUUUUUGGGUUUUGGUUUUUUGAAAUAGGGUCUUGCUAUGUAGUCGAGACUGGCCAUGUACUCACUGUAUUUCCCAGGCUGUCUUCAAAUUGUGGCAAUCCUGCCUCAGCCUUGCAAGUACAUGGUUUGCAGGUGUGAGCCACCACAUCUAGUUCUACCACUUUUUUUUUUUGGUACUGGGGAUCGAACUCACGACCUUACACUUGCCAGGCAGGCAAAUAGGACCCCAGCCCUCUGCCACCAUUUUUGAAAGUCAUUUUUAUAAGACUUCCUUGUGGCUUUUGUCUAUAGGUCUAACUACAUCAUUGAUAUUCCAAAUUUAUUUUCUCACUACAACAACCGUAGUUCUAUUGUAUGAAGUUGGAUAACAGUAUUUUCUUUAAUGCUUAAAAAAUGAUACACUUCAGGCCACCCUUAUUAAAUGGAAGAGUCUUCCUUUUAAAUGGAAUUAAAAUAGUUUUAGUGUCAGAAACAUCUGAGAUCAGUUAGCAAGAGCAAACUACUACUGGAAGCUUUUUGAAUUUGAUUUCAUAGAAAAUAGAAAAAUGAAGCAAUGUUAGUUAUUUAAUAUGUUUUAAAUGAAAGUGAGGUCUGCUUUUAAAAAAAAUCCAAUUGAAGAGAAAACCUAAGCAUUCUACAAAUGGUAUUUUUCAUAAUUUCCCACUUAAUGGAGACAAUUGUGGGUUCUAAAUCAUGAAUAAUGCCAUAUAGCACUAGAUUAAUUUAUUCUUUGGAAAUUCAGUGCAUUGGUCACAUAACAUCAUCAUCUGCUAUCACUUAUCUUUAAAAAGCUAACAAAAACUACAGCAAGUUCACAAAUGUUUAAAUUCACACUAACAAUAAAAAUAUGGCUUUAAUUUUCUUUUGACUGAGAAGUACAGAAAAAUCAUUUUGUGAUGUUGAUUGGUGAGGAAAGUUGGAGUUAAUUAGAGUCUAGCUUCUCAUUAGCCUCAUCUUUGCAGGAACCACUGCCCUUGGGCUUGCAAACCUGGGCUGCUGAGUCAGUGUGUUACUGUAGGGAUUUCAGAUACUUCUCUGCCAUUAAAUGCUUAGCUCUUCGUGUAUUACAGUUCGAUGCCUUUUAUACUACUUUGUUCAGGUGGCCAAAUCUCACUUGAUAAGUUUUUUACCCAUUUCUUUUUGGUUUUUUGAGUACUGAGAAUUGAACUCAGGACCUCGCACUUGCCAGGCAGGCGCUGUGUCACUGAGCUAUAGCCAUUUCUUGAUUUUUCCUCUCAAGUAUUAAUCAAGCAGACUGAUUAUUUACCAGUUUCUUAGUGCUACACAAAAGUCCAUUAGCAUAAGAUAGUCAAGAUUAGAGAUGUUCAGAACGUAAGUCUUGUUUUACAUUUUGGACCUAAGGCAUUCAUGACAGGCUAGAACUAUUGUGCUUUAAUUAAGAAGAAGGAUAUAUUUAAUUCAGUAUUGCUUUCAUUAGCUAACCAGCAUUGGAGGCAGUGAGCCAUUGUUUGUCUCUCUUUAUGAAUUAUCUUGUGUUUCUUUAUAAUUUAUGUUUUAUUACAGAGUCCAGUAGCUGUUGGUAUGAUUAUCUCCAAUUUCCACAUGCUUAUUAAAUCAUUGAAAAACUCACUUUUAAAACUCACAGUUCCAUAUUAAGUGUUAAAUGUAUAAUAAAAGUACCUAUUUUAAAUUGUUUUCAGCUUCUGGGUAUAGCAGCAAUAAAAAUACUAAUUUGUGGGUAUUUAAGAAAACCUAGAGAAUAAACUCAUACUUCAAAAGGUCA